AUGAGAUUGGAGCUUCUAACUAUGAUGAAUGUGCUACAUAUGGAUAUGAUGCCGGAAAUAGACCGAUUUUAUCUCACCCUUCAAUUCGAAUUAGCAAAAGCAAUGUCUCCUUGCAUAAUAUGGAUUCCGAACAUUCAUGAUCUGGAUAUGAAUGAGUCGAAUUACUUAUCCUUCGGUCUAUUAGUGAACUAUCUCUCCAGGGAUUGUGAAAGAUGUUCCACUAGAAAUAUUCUUGUUAUUGCUUCGACUCAUAUUCCCGAAAAAGUAGAUCCCGCUCUAAUAGCUCCGAAUAAAUUAAAUACAUGUAUUAAGAUACGAAGGCUUCUUAUUCCACAACAACGAAAGCACUUUUUCACUCUUUCAUAUACUCGGGGAUUUCACUUGGAAACGAAAAUGUUCCAUACUAAUGGAUUCGGGUCCAUAACUAUGGGUUUCAAUGUACGAGAUCUUGUAGCACUUACCAAUGAGGCCCUAUCGAUUAGUAUUAUACAAAAGAAAUCUAUUAUAGACACUAAUCUAAUUAGAUCUGCUCUUCAUAGACAAACUUGGGAUUUGCGAUCUCAGGUAAGAUCGGUUCAGGAUCAUGGGAUCCUUUUCUAUCAGAUAGGAAGGGUUGUUUCACAAAAUGUACUUCUAAGUAAUUGCUCUAUAGAUCCUAUAUCUAUUUAUAUGAAGAAGAAAUCCUGUAACGGGGGGGAUUCUUAUUUGUACAAGUGGUACUUCGAACUUGGAACGAGCAUGAAUAAAUUAACGAUACUUCUUUAUCUUUUGAGUUGUUCUGCCGGAUCGGUCGCUCAAGACCUUUGGUCUCUACCCCGACCUGAUGAAAAAAAUGGGAUCAUUUCUUAUGGGCUCAUUGAGAAUGAUUUUGAUCUAGUUCAUGGCCUAUUAGAAGUAGAGGGCGCUCUGGUGGGAUCCUUACGGACAGAAAAAGAUUGCAGUCAAUUUGCUAAUGAUCGAGUGACAUUGCUUCUUCGGCUCGAACCAAGGAAUCCCUUAAAUACGAUUCAAAAUGGAUCUUGUUCUAUCGUUGAUCAAAGAUUUCUCUAUGAAAAAUAUGAAUCAGAGUUUGAAGAAGGGGAAGGAGUCCUCGACCCCCAACAAAUAGAGGAGGAUUUAUUCAAUCACAUAGUUUGGGCUCCUAGAAUAUGGCGCCCUUGGGGCUUUCUAUUUGAUUGUAUCGAAAGGCCCAAUGAAUUGGGAUUUCCCUAUUGGGCCGGGUCAUUUCGGGGCAAGCAGAUCAUUUAUGAUGAAGAGGAUGAGCUUCAAGAGAAUGAUUCGGAGUUCUUGCAGGGUGGAACCGUGCAGUACCAGACACGAGAUAGAUCUUCCAAAGAACAAGGCUUUUUUGGAAUAAGUCAAUUCAUUUGGGAACCCUCGGAUCCACUCUUUUUCCUAUUCAAAGAUCAGCCUUUUGUCUCUGUGUUUUCACAUCGAGAAUUCUUUGCAGAUGAAGAGAUGUCAAGGUAUGGACUCUUGCUUGACUUGGAGCAAUUCUAG